ACCAUCACAUCGACCUCCACAACGGACUACAUAGGACUUGGCUCAUCAAAUAUCAUCCAGUAGAAUGUCGCUCUGACGAUUAUCGAUCUUACUUCCAUCCUGAACGUUACCGAUCCUCAGCAUGGCGUCAAGAGGAGCAAGGGGGCCCCUUCACAGCCCAGACCGUUGACGGCCGAGGAGGACGCUCAGCUGGCCGAGUACAAGCGGCUGAACCAGGAGCUGCUGGGCCGACAUGCACUCAAAGGGUACUCGGAGUCCGACUCUCUUUCGCUGAGCACGAUGGUCCUGAGAAUCAAUCCCGAACACGUGACAGCUUGGUCAUUUCGAAGACACUGUCUGCUUACUCUUCGCUCUCAAGUAGACUCCGAUCAAGCCAACGAGUGCUAUGAAAGCGCGCUUCGGGAUGAACUCCCUCUGACGCUGGCAUCCUUUCAGCGCAAUCCGAAGGCCUAUCCAAUCUGGGAGCACCGGAAGUGGGUUCUGGGCCAGAUGACUGAGGCGGACUGGCAGGCCGAAUUAGCCCUGCUUGAGAAGCUGUUUAAGCUCGACGGACGGAACUUUCAUGCCUGGGAUUAUCGGCGCUACGUGAUAUCGAGAAUCAAGCAGAGUCAGCCGUCGGAGAGCCUCGAUGCCGAUGAACUGGCAUUCAGCGGACAGCAGAUCGAGGCGAACUUUUCAAACUUUUCUGCCUGGCACUAUCGCUCCAAACUCUUACAAUCCCGACUGGAUCAAUACAAUCAGACUCAUGAUAAUCAUGACGGUCAGGGUCGGAAGGAGAAAGAAGAGAUCUUGGCUACCGAGUUAGAAUGGGUUCGUGGGGCGCUUUGGAUCGACCCCAAUGACCAGAGCGCAUGGCUGUUCCACCGCUGGUUGCUGAGUCAAACGCAAGACGAGCAGAUCCAGGCGGCCGAGUACGCUUCGAUCGCUGAGCUACUCGAAGUCGAACCCGACGCUAAAUGGGCCAUCGCCGCUCUCAUCCGGGCUCGCCCCGUAGAGCAUGUCCAUCUACUCGACCGUCUCAUCGCACUCGACCCCCUCCGCAGACAAAGAUAUCUCGACCUUGCCAAUCCCACCGCCGAGCUAGAUUGACAUUUGUGAUUUUUUUUUGGUGUACGGCACCACUGGUAAAAAAAAAUGGAUUGACAUUGUCCCAGAUAAAGUUGCCUUGAUUGGCUGUCUGAUAUCUAAGUCUCACUAGAAUUGCCCGCAUUGAUACAUACCAACUAGCUUGAAUACGUGUGUACUUGUUGGAGGCCUUUCAAGCUCCAAAAAUCCAAGGCUACCCAAUUUUUUUUUUUC